GAAACAUGAAGAGAAGCCGAAAAGUUGAGUUUCCUAAUGUUGAAAAGUGUUUGUUAGAAUGGAUAAAAGAAAUCCGCGACAAAAAUAUUCCCAUGGAUGGCCCAUUAUUAAAAGGAAAAGCCAGUGAUUUUGCGACCAAACUAGGAAUAAAAAACUUCUCAGCUAGUAACGGCUGGUUUCAGGGUUUUAAAAGACAACAUGAUAUAGUUUUUAAGAAAUUAUCCGGAGAAAGUAAAUCUGUGGAUGUAAGUGUAUGCAAUCAGUGGACCAAAGAUCUGCCGAAUCUUUUAAGGGAAUAUGAUCCAGAAGACAUUUACAGUGCAGACGAGACUGGUUUAUUUUUUAAGUGUCUAACAGACAAAACUUUUGCCUUUAAAGAAGAAAAAUGCCACGGAGGAAAACAAAGUAAGAAACGUAUUACUGUUCUUCACUGCGCAAAUAUGACUGGAACGGAUAAAUUGCCUUUACUUGUCAUCGGAAAAUCAAGACGACCUCGAUGUUUUAAAGGUUUGUUUCUUAUAAACACUACUUUAAAAACUCAUUUUCAUUAACUUGAAAAUCAUUACAUAAUUUUUAUUUGCAGGUGUAAAAACUCUACCUGCCGAUUAUGAAAACAACUCAAAGGCUUGGAUGACAAGAGAAAUAUUUAAAAGGUGGUUACAGAAAAUGGAUAAAAAAAUGAAGACCAAAAAAAGAAAAAUUGUUCUGGUAAUUGACAAUUGUACUGCUCAUACGGAUUUACCUACGCUCGAAAACGUGAACGUAAUUUUUUUACCUGACAAUACUACCAGCCAUUUGCAGCCAUUGGAUCAGGGAGUAAUUCAUGCUUUCAAGAGAUAUUAUCGCAAAGAAGUAGUGAAACAUGUUUUGACAUGUUUACAAAAAAAUACUAAGCCUGAAAUAAACGUACUUCUGGCUAUAAAAUUCGCCAGAAAAGCAUGGUACGCAAUCAGUGACAUUACUAUCAAGAAUUGCUUUAAGAAAGCCGGAUU